GUCGAUCUCGAAACCUAUAGAUUUCGGGUUGUACCUUCUUCUUCACCCGCUUCAAUUCGUUUCAGUUUACCCUUCUUGUCGUUUCAUUUCGUAGCUUCGUUCCGGUUUCUUCCAUAUUAGUAGGGGCUUAUCAUGUCUGCUUUUAUGCCGUCAUUCAAGUUAGUAGAGGACGAGCUAUUCCAGCUACAUUUCAGUUCUUUUGAAUUCCGUGUCGUUUUUUGUUUGUGUUUUCUUGGAAUAUCACUAAGGAGAAGAUAAAUCCUCCGUGAGAAACUUUACAUCAGCAUCAAGCAUCCCAGUUUCAGCGACUGAGUCCACGAAUAACCGCUUGAAGGGGAUCAGCACUGGGUUGGAUUGCAGCCCCUUCGUGCUAGACGGCGCCGUGCAACUCGAGCGAUCUGCAGGUGCAUGCGCCUGAUUAGCAGCUGAACUGCACGAAGAGAAGAAGCAGCGGUAAUCACUGAAGGAGUGUCUGUUUUCUUAGUGGAACUACGGCAUUUUCGAGAGCAAGGCUCAGCGAGCUUGAGGGGAGAACUGUGUGAACGAGCACGACCAGAAGAUCUUUGCUCCGACGAAGCGCAGAGACCGCGAUCCAUCAAGCGAAGUCAAGUCCACCUGAGUACUAGAAAACGGGAGGACGAUACUGCAUAGUGCUUGGGCAUCAUCACGAUGGCUGUGGUCGCUGAUGUAUCGGACGGCGGGUCUCCGCGUAGCAGUGACAGUCCUGGGUCUCCAGCGAAUGCCAAAUCGUGCCAGGUGACCUCUUCCUACCGAUUUUUGCGUGCGGUGGACGAUGAAACUCUGCGUCUGUGCUACUUCGCGACUUCAGUGGAAAUUGGGUGGGGCGAGGCUGCGUUCUGCGCAAUCCUGGACAAAUUUCGUUACGUCCUGGGCGUCCAGUCAGCCACGGACCUUCGUAACAUUCUCGGCAAUCGAGAACUCACAAAUCGCACGCUGAGAAAGGUACCGGUGUAGCAAUCGUUGGAGAUAUUGUUGUAGCUCGGAUCUGAUAGUAAAAGGAGGUGAUGUCCUGGUCAAAUGCGUUGCAAUUCGUGAUUUCUUCUGAACCAAGUGUUAGUGUAGUCAGAGUAGUCAAUAACUGUAUCUCUCCUUCUCGUUCUCACCCAGGCUGGGCGACGGGGUCUGAAAAACCGAACCUUUGCCAUUAUGGAGCGGCAUUUGGGCAGAAGUAUACCAGUUCAAGUGAAAAAUAAAGAGCGGAAGAACGCCUUAGAGAUUGCUUUAGAGAAAACAGCGGUUUUCACGCCGGUACCUCCAAAUCCAGCAGCGCAUCCGCCUCUAUACUCGCGGCCGGACGUACUCAUAGUUUUGAUACAGGGGCUUAAGUGAAGUUUUCGUGGUGAGUUCGUCCCACGGACUAUGUUUUUACUUUUCAUUGAUGAGAUGUGUCGUUGCCUUAGAUGUGACUUUGCUUACCUUCUCCAUCGAUGGAUUUCAGGUUUUGGAUAAACCAUUGUCCUUCGCCGGGACGCGCUUAGUGAACGAAUGCACUAGUGAGCUUGUCAGCGCGCAUAUGGAGAGUCGGGAAAUAUAUCGGUACCUUGCGAAAGUCACAGUGCCGCCAUUACCGAGUCCGAGGGGUACAUUCUUGUACUGAAUGAAAUCUUGAGCAAAAUCUAAGAAAGUCCUUUACAUUAUAUUUUGAUUCGAAGGAGGUUACUCUUUUUUCAGUUACUUACUUCGACUGGUGUUAGCUCUACCCCUGAAAUUUAUAUGGUUUGCCUGGUUGCUAGAUUACCCCUGAAUCACAAUUGUUGACGACCUGACAUCAGAUGUGACGAUGUACACGAGCGAAAUGAGCUACCUUGCAGCCGUGAAGAAAGAGGCUGAGUCGACCGUUGCGAACCAAGAAAAACUGGAGAUCGAAAGGCGGAAGCGGAUGCGAGAAGAGGCUGAGGAACGCAAAAAGCGGAAGGCAGAGGCCCUUCGUAAUCCUAAGAAGAAGCUGUCUCUGGUACUCAGUGCAAACGAGGAGGGCGACGAGGGGGUACGACAUGUAUACCACAUAGAACUUGAUGUGCAUUUUCCUUAUUGUUAUUUGUUCCUUCAUAGGUGGGCUUGGUUGCUAGAAGCAGAGUUGUACACCAUAGAAGAUCAUGAAGAUUAUGUUGAAAAUCAAAAAAUCAGUAUCUAAAUCUAUGCAGUCUUCUAUUGUAGUAUCCCUCAAAUUCUUGACCUCAGAUGGGCGAGGAUGGUGCUGAGAAAAAAGAAGCAGAGCAGGAGACCGCAGAGGGUGAAGGGCAAGCUGCUGAGGGCGAAGCUCCGCCAGCCGAGGCGCCUGCUGCAUAA